CCCUUCAAUAUUUCUUCCCAAAUUCUCUGCUUUUCCCUUGAAGUCGUGUUCCUCUGGCUUCGCUUUCUACCGUUCCCUUUUCUCAUGCUUCUUUGUCUUUCUGCUACGAGAUAAACUCUUGUGUUUGCCGAUUGUUACUGCUCAGUUUCCUAGACUUUGAAACCUUCACAACCUCGUUCAUUCCCUCACCACCGUUCAAGCUCGUUGUGUCAGAAUGUCUCAGACUAACUGGGAAGCUGAUAAGAUGUUAGAUGUUUACAUCUAUGAUUACCUAGUGAAGAGGGAUUUGAAGGCUUCGGCUCAAGCUUUUCAAGCUGAAGGGAAAGUGUCCUCGGACCCUGUUGCUAUUGAUGCCCCGGGAGGAUUUCUGUUUGAGUGGUGGUCAGUUUUCUGGGACAUAUUUAUUGCCAGGACUAAUGAGAAGCAUUCAGAGGUUGCUGCAUCUUACAUUGAGACACAACUAGUUAAGGCUAGGGAGCAACAACAACAACAACAACAACAACAACAACAACAACAACAACAACAACAACAACAACAACAACAACAACCACAACCUCAGCAGUCACAACAUCAGCAACAACAACAUCAGCAACAACAACAGCAACAACAGCACAUGCAGAUGCAGCAGAUGAUGUUACAAAGGCAUGCUCAGCAGCAACAGCCGCAACAUCAACAGCCACCACCUCAACAACAGGGUAGGGAUAGGUCUCAUCUCUUAAAUGGUGGUACUAAUGGGUUAGUUGGAAACGCUAGCACUGCAAGUGCAUUAGCAACAAAGAUGUAUGAGGAAAGGUUAAAACUGCCCCUUCAAAGGGAUUCUUUGGAAGAUGCAGCAAUGAAGCAGAGAUUUGGAGACCAACUCUUGGACCCAAAUCAUGCCACAAUAUUGAAGACAUCUGGAGCUACUGGCCAGCCUUCAGGGCAAGUUUUGCAUGGUGCUGCUGGUGCGAUGUCUCCACAAGUUCAAGCUCGUAGUCAGCAAUUACCUGGGUCUACUCUGGAUAUAAAAAGUGAGAUUAAUCCUGUUUUAAAUCCCAGAGCAGCGGGUCCUGAAGGAUCAUUGAUAGCAAUUCCUGGAUCUAACCAAGGUAGCAACAAUUUGACUUUGAAAGGGUGGCCACUCACAGGGUUGGAACAACUACGUUCUGGUAUGCUUCAGCAACAAAAACCUUUUAUACAGUCUCCUCAACCUUUUCAUCAACUUCCGAUGUUGACGCCACAACAUCAACAACAGCUUAUACUAGCACAACAAAAUUUAGCAUCACCAUCUGCCAAUGAUGACAAUAGAAGACUCCGAAUGCUACUAAAUAAUAGGAAUAUGGGUGUAAGUAAGGAUGGUCUUUCAAAUCCUGUGGGUGAUGUAGUAUCAAAUGUUGGAUCACCUCUUCAAGCAGGUGGCCCUCCUUUUCCUCGUGGCGAUACAGAUAUGUUAAUGAAGUUGAAACUGGCUCAGUUUCACCAACAUCAGCAGCAGAACGCCAAUUCACAGCAGCAGCAACUUCAACAGCAUGCUCUUUCAAAUCCGCAAUCUCAGACUUCAAAUCUUAACAUGCAUCAGCAGGAUAAAGUAGCGGGAGGCAAUGUCAAUGUCGAUGGUAGCAUGUCAAACACCUUUAGAGGAAAUGAUCAGGUUACCAAAAACCAGACUGGUAGAAAGAGAAAACAGCCCGUAUCUUCCUCUGGUCCUGCCAAUAGCUCAGGAACAGCAAAUACGGCAGGCCCAUCUCCAAGUUCAGCACCCUCAACGCCCUCAACGCAUACAGCUGGUGAUGUGAUGUCAAUGCCUGCUCUACCUCAUAAUGGUAGCUCAUCAAAGCCAUUAAUGAUGUUUGGCACUGAUGGCACCGGAACUCUUACCUCACCUUCCAAUCAAUUGUGGGAUGAUAAAGAUCUUGAAUUGCAGGCUGAUGUGGACCGUUUUGUUGAGGAUGGAUCUCUUGAUGACAAUGUGGAGUCUUUUUUAUCCCAUGAUGAUACAGACCCUAGAGAUAAUGUUGGUCGUUGUAUGGAUGUAAGCAAAGGAUUCUCAUUUUCGGAAGUAAAUUCUGUACGCGCAAGUACAAACAAAGUUGUCUGUUGCCAUUUCUCAUCUGAUGGGAAAUUGCUUGCAAGUGGUGGUCAUGAUAAAAAGGCUGUUUUAUGGUACACAGAUUCUCUGAAGCAGAAGGCUACUCUUGAAGAGCAUUCAUCUUUAAUCACCGAUGUCCGUUUCAGUCCAAGCAUGCCUCGUCUCGCAACAUCUUCAUAUGACAAAACUGUUAGGGUUUGGGAUGUUGACAAUCCUGGCUAUUCGCUUCGUACCUUUACAGGACAUUCUGCAUCUGUUAUGUCACUAGAUUUUCACCCUAAUAAGGACGACCUUAUCUGCUCUUGUGAUUUUGAUGGCGAGAUACGAUAUUGGAGCAUUAAUAAUGGCAGUUGUGCUAGAGUGUCCAAGGGUGGUACUGCACAGAUGAGAUUUCAACCUCGUCUAGGGAGGUACCUUGCUGCAGCUGCAGAGAACGUUGUUUCUAUAUUUGAUGUGGAGACACAAGCAUGCCGAUAUUCACUAAAGGGUCAUACAAACUCUAUACAUUCUGUGUGUUGGGAUCCUUCUGGGGAGUUUCUGGCAUCUGUCAGUGAAGACUCUGUCAGGGUCUGGACUCUUGGAACAGGGGGUGAAGGGGAAUGCGUUCAUGAGCUUAGCUGUAAUGGCAAUAAAUUUCACUCAUGUGUUUUCCACCCAACGUAUCCUUCAAUGCUGGUCAUUGGUUGUUACCAGUCAUUGGAACUCUGGGACAUGACCGAGAACAAGACAAUGACUCUGUCUGCUCAUGAAGGUCUAAUUGCUGCAUUGGCAGUUUCAACUGUAAAUGGUUUGGUUGCUUCAGCCAGUCAUGACAAGUUUGUCAAGCUCUGGAAGUAACCUGUCUGCCUCUGCAAAACAGGUAGUUUUAUCAGUGUUGAUCGCAGAUUUGGAUUUCCUGCUGUAAAAAAAUCCCUAAAGCCGCUGUAGUCAUGGCUUCAUAGCCAUCCGAUCUUUAAUUAGACGGUUUAAAUUUAUAAAGACCAAUUGUGUAUGAUUGUCAUUUUAAAUCCCAACGAUUCGAUCUUGAUUCGACGACUACCAAAAUGACUUCAGAAAGUUUUGACUGCAUGGAAUCCGGAUCUGUUGAUCACAUGACCUUUUAUGUUGUAUGGUAAAUUAACCUAUAGAGAUCUCUGUUUCAUUAUUGUUUACUUAGAGAUCUCUGUUCUUGUAUCAUCUACAUUGGCUAUUUAUAAUACCAUUCGGUGAGUGCUGAUCCAGUUUCAGGCAGAA